CCGCCCCGCGCGUGCGCGUUGCGCUGCGGCUUGUGAGGCGCUGAGGGGAGAGGCGCCGCUGCCAGCGCUGCCGCCGCGACCCGUUAGAGCGGAAGCGCUGCCGCCGCCUCAGCCGCAGUUGCCUUGGCUGUCCUGGGGUCCCUGGGUCCCGGCAGGUGGAGGCUGGAGCCAUGUCGAAGCGGCUCCGGAGCAGCGACGUGUGUGCUGACUGCAGCGGGCCGGAUCCUUCCUGGGCAUCAGUAAAUAGGGGAACUUUUAUAUGUGACGAGUGUUGCAGCGUUCAUCGGAGUCUAGGGCGUCAUAUCUCCCAAGUAAGGCAUCUUAAACACACGCCGUGGCCUCCAACACUGCUUCAGAUGGUUGAGACCUUGUAUAACAAUGGUGCUAACUCUAUAUGGGAGCAUUCUUUGCUGGACCCUGCCUCUAUUAUGAGUGGAAGACGUAAAGCUAAUCCACAGGAUAAAGUACAUCCCAAUAAAGCAGAAUUCAUCAGAGCCAAGUAUCAGAUGUUAGCAUUUGUCCACCGCUUGCCCUGCCGUGAUGAUGACAGUGUCACUGCCAAAGACCUUAGUAAGCAACUUCAUUCAAGCGUGAGAACAGGGAAUCUUGAAACCUGUCUGAGACUGCUAUCUUUAGGAGCCCAGGCCAACUUCUUUCAUCCCGAAAAAGGAAACACCCCACUCCAUGUCGCCUCAAAAGCAGGACAGAUUUUACAAGCUGAGUUGUUGGCAGUAUAUGGCGCUGACCCAGGCACCCAGGAUUCUAGUGGGAAAACUCCUGUUGAUUAUGCAAGGCAAGGAGGGCACCAUGAACUGGCAGAGCGCCUUGUAGAAAUACAGUAUGAGCUGACUGACAGACUGGCCUUCUAUCUCUGUGGCAGGAAACCAGAUCACAAAAAUGGACAGCACUUUAUAAUACCUCAAAUGGCAGACAGCAGCCUGGAUUUGUCUGAAUUGGCAAAAGCUGCUAAGAAGAAACUUCAGUCUCUAAAUAAUCAUUUGUUUGAAGAACUUGCCAUGGAUGUUUACGAUGAAGUUGACAGGCGAGAGACUGAUGCAGUCUGGCUUGCCACGCAAAACCACAGCACCCUGGUAACUGAGACAACCGUCGUCCCCUUUCUUCCGGUCAAUCCUGAGUACUCAUCAACACGAAACCAGGGCAGACAGAAGUUAGCUCGAUUUAAUGCCCAUGAGUUUGCUACGCUGGUCAUCGACAUCCUCAGUGACGCCAAGAGGAGACAGCAGGGCAGUCCUCUCUCCAGUUCAAAAGACAAUGUGGAGCUCAUACUGAAAACAAUCAAUAACCAGCACAGUAUUGAGAGUCAAGAUAAUGACCAGCCAGACUAUGACAGUGUGGCAUCAGAUGAAGACACCGAUUUGGAGACCACAGCAAGCAAGGCAAACAGACAAAAGAGCCUAGAUUCAGAUUUAUCAGAUGGACCAGUCACUGUGCAGGAAUUUAUGGAGGUCAAAAACGCCCUAGUGGCUUCUGAGGCCAAGAUACAACAGCUAAUGAAGGUGAAUAACAACUUGAGUGACGAGCUGAGAAUUAUGCAGAAAAAGCUUCAAACACUUCAGAGUGAGAACUCGAGCCUCAGGAAACAGGCCACAACCAAUGUCUAUCAAGUGCAGACUGGUUCUGAGUACCCAGACACUUCCAACCACUCCUCCUUAAAGCGACGUCCAUCUGCCCGGGGCAGUAGGCCCAUGUCCAUGUAUGAGACGGGAUCAGGUCAGAAACCAUAUCUCCCAAUAGGAGAAGCAAACCAUCCUGAGGAAAGCAGGACAAGACUCCAGCCUUUCCCUGCACACAUUGGGAGGAGUGCGCUUGUGACCUCCUCUUCGUCUCUGCCUUCCUUCCCCUCCACACUUUCCUGGUCGAGGGAUGAGAGCGCCCGAAGGGCUUCCAGGCUGGAGAAGCAGAACAGCACACCUGAAAGUGACUAUGACAACACUCCCAAUGACAUGGAGCCAGAUGACAUGGGGUCAAGCCGGAAAGGAAGGCAACGGAGCAUGGUAUGGCCAGGUGAUUGCUCAGUGCCAGACUUGGCAGAACCCCAUAUAAGCCCCAUGCUCCCCAGCACUGAAGAUGUCAUCCGGAAAACUGAGCAGAUCACCAAAAACAUACAGGAGCUCCUAAGAGCAGCCCAGGAAAACAAGCAUGACAGCUAUACUCCCUGCUCUGAGAGGAUACAUGGCGCUGUUACAGAAAUGGCAGUCUUGUUCCCCAAAAAACCCAAAUCUGACACGGUGAGGACUUCCCUUCGUUUACUGACAUCCAGUGCCUACCGGCUCCAGUCAGAGUGCAAGAAGGCCCUCCCAGGGGAAUCUGGCUCACCCACAGACGUGCAGCUGGUCACCCAGCAGGUCAUCCAGUGUGCAUACGACAUUGCCAAGGCGGCCAAACAGCUGGUCACCAUCACCACCAAAGAGAACAACAACUGAACACCGGGGUGCUGUCCCUUCUAUUUUCUAGGCUUUUUUAAGUCUGACUUCAAAUUUCAACAUGGAACUCUUCAGAUUUUUACAAGAACAAGCAUUUAAUGACAAUUUAAGAAAACUUUUUAAGAGAAAACUCAGUAUUAUUUUUGCAUGUUUUCUAACAAAUUUUCAACUAUUAAUUUAACCCACUUGCCUUAUUUUGUGCCUGUUUUCCAGUUAAGUUCCUGGAGUUCUAUUGUCAGCAAGUGUUGAGAUCAUGAGCAUAUACAUUCAGAAAUAGUUCCAUCACUCAGAGUUUGUUAAACUUUUCCAUCCCUUAAAACUUCCAGUGUAUGUGUAAAACUAUAAGUGGGAUUUUUACUAAAACAUUUUCUUGACAAAGUUGGAUUUAAAAAAAAAAACAUUAUCUUUUCUCUAACAAGCAUCGUGCAAUAAGUGAAUUUUCCAACCUACUGCAAAAUCUCUUUAAGUUUGGGGUAUCUCCAAGCAUGUAUGUAGAGAAAGGACUUUGCCACUUUCUAAAAAUAGUAUAACAACCUCUUGAGAGGAAACAAGGAAUUGUUCCAUUUUGUAUCAUGUUAAGUGUUCUAUUAUUUAACUUUUUUAAAAAUCUUGGUUUUUCUAUCUGUUCAUAUUUUACCCUUUUCCUGAAAUUUCCCUAGAGUCUGUAAAGCUUUUGUCACAUCAUGUCCCAUUUGACCGUAUUCAGGGCAGGAGCACAACCCAUCUAUCCACUGUCAAGGGUUCUGCCCACUGUCUGCCCCAAACCAGACAAUUCCUUCAGUCUAUCCAUAGCAGAUCUCUACUACCCAUUCAUUCACAUACUACUGCCAUAAACUGACAUUGUAUUGUACCUUUCAUCCAAACACCUUUGACCACUUACAGCUUCCUCAAGUGAGCUGCUUUUUGCUUGUCUCCUCAUCUGUAAGGACCUCUUCCAAGGUAAGAGACAGUCAUCUGAGUUUAUCUUUAUCUAACUUUAUCUCCUCUUUCUUCCCCCUGCUCCUUCCCAUACCCUUCUGGUAUUUAGGAAUUACACAUCAACUUUCAAGAAUUCCUGGGCUAGGAAUGCCCUAAUGGUGUGUGUGUAGCAUGCAUAAAGCCGUGGGUUCCAUCCCCAACACUGCAGGAAAA